UUUGAUAAGCUGAUUAGUUUUUGGUUCUGGGUUCUGGGUCUUGUUCAUAUUCUUUUUUUGGGUUAUAUUUUGUGGCUAUGGCGCUUGAGUCUUCAAUUCUAAGCCCACCCAGGUUCAUUUCAGGUUCCAAAUCAUUGAGUUUCUUGUAUUACAAUAAGCAAAAGAGUUUCCCCACCAAGGUUUUUGUGCAAAAUAAUCGACACCCAUUUCGGUUGGUAUCGAAUUGCAUCGGCACUAGCGAUUUUAGAAGGUUUUCGGGUCCAAGAUGUGAAGGAGUUGACUUGUUUGCUAAUAGGGUUCGUUUCAGAGCUGUAGGUAAAGAUAGUGAGGGUUACAGUGGUGCAAAUGGUGAUUCGGGUUCCAGUUUUGAUGUUGUAAAGGUGAUGGUGAAGUGUGGAGUGGUUUUAGCUGCUAUGGUUUGUGGGGUUUUGGUGUAUGGUUCUAGGAGAGCUUUUGCUGUGGAGGGUGUGGUUAGUGCGAGCUAUGGGGUUGUUGACAAGAGCAUAUUAAUGUUCAGAAAUGCUUGGCCCAAGACGCUGCAGGUUCUUCAGGUUUUUAAAGAGCAAGGUUUAAUUUUGGCAGCGCUCUUGGGUCUCUCGGCGUUUUUCUCAAUGGCAGAGACUUCGAUUACCACACUAUGGCCUUGGAAGGUACGUGAGUUGGCUGAGAAAGAGCCUGAAAAUGGUGUCUUCAGAUUGCUUCGCAAUGAUGUGACUCGGUUCUUGACAACCAUACUUAUUGGCACAACUGUUGUCAAUAUUGGAGCAACUGCUUUAGUUACAGAGGCUGCAACAGCAAUAUUUGGUGAAGCUGGUGUUAGUGCAGCAACUGGAGUAAUGACUGUUCUUAUUUUGCUCCUCACAGAAAUAACUCCAAAAAGUGUUGCUGUUCACAAUCCCACAGAAGUUGCUAGGUUUGUGGUUAGGCCGGUGGCGUGGCUUUCGUUGGUUCUAUAUCCGGUGGGAAGAGUUGUUACAUAUCUAUCAAUGGGGAUGCUGAAAAUUCUAGGGUUGAAAGGAAGAAGUGAACCAUAUGUUACGGAAGAGGAGUUAAAACUGAUGUUGCGAGGGGCAGAGUUAAGUGGGGCAAUCGAGGAGGAAGAACAGGAUAUGAUUGAGAAUGUGUUGGAGAUUAAAGAUACGCAUGUUAGAGAGGUGAUGACACCUCUUGUAGAUGUAGUAGCAAUUGAUGCCAGUGCAACGCUGAUUGAUUUUCAUGACUUGUGGGUGACUCAUCAAUAUUCAAGGGUGCCAGUUUUUGAGCAGCGUGUUGAUAAUAUCGUAGGCAUUGCUUAUGCAAUGGAUCUCCUGGAUUUUGUUCAGAAGGGUGAGCUACUAGAGAGUACUACUGUUGGGGAUAUGGCUCAAAAACCUGGUUACUUUGUGCCGGAUUCAAUGUCAGUCUGGAAUCUUCUUAGAGAAUUCCGCAUCCGGAAGGUUCACAUGGCUGUGGUUCUCAAUGAAUAUGGUGGAACUGUAGGGAUAAUUACACUAGAAGAUGUGGUGGAAGAAAUUGUUGGUGAAAUUUUUGAUGAAAAUGAUUCCAAGGAGGAGAUUCAGAAAAAAACUGGCUACAUAGUAAUGCGUGCAGAGGGAGUGUUUGAUGUGGAUGCUAACACAUCUAUUGACCAGCUCUCUGAAGAUCUAAAUGUGAAAAUGCCUGAGGGUCAUCAAUAUGAGACGGUAUCCGGAUUUAUAUGCGAAGCAUUUGGUUAUAUACCAAGGACGGGUGAGAGCAUCAAAGUAGUUCUUGAAAAGGAAAUUGAAGAGGAGAAUGAUGAGUCCAAAUCCGAGAAGCAGGAGAAAAAGGAAAAGCACCAAAUUUUUAAACUUGAGAUUCUGGCAGGAAAUGCCAGAAAGGUUGGUGCUGUUCGAUUUGAAAGGUUAGAAAAUGAUACUGCUACGUUGGAGACCAAAGAGGUUGCCCGCCUGGUUCCCAAAAUUAUGAAAAGAAAGUCUAGUAGUGGUCAUGACUCAGAUGGUGGAGAAUCUGAUGAAGAUUCAUUCCAGAAGAGACCACAUCUUGAAAUACCUGAUGAGCAUGAAGACACCGUUGAUAAUCUCAGUAGGCAUUAGUUGAAUUGCUCCUAUUUCCAUUUUUUAGCGGGAAUCAUAGAAGAGCGAAAAUUGAGAAGAGAAAAUAACGAGUCAGGAGUGAAUGCUGUAAAGAAAUCUUUAUUUGAUGUUUCAACAUCUGUAGAUUUUCAGUUACCUCUUGUAAUACAUGUUUGGUGUAUAUGCCAAGUGCCAUUUUUUUAUGUCGACAUUGGUUUAGU